AAUUCAUUUGUUUGCAUUUUUUUUAUCCUUUUAAUUGUCGAUAUGUUUGGGUGUAUAGCAGCGGGACGAUUGGUGCAAACCAAUUUGCAGCAAGUGGACGUCAACAAGUACGUGUUUGAGCUGUCAGACGCUCACACGAUCAACCACAUUGUCGUAUUCCUCCUAGGAACUAUACCUUUUGAGCCUGGAUUUGCCGCUACGGUUCACUUAUUAUGGCCCAACAAAGAAUGGCAACUACUUGGAGCCAUCUCGAACGAGAAACCCAGUGCCAUCUUUCGUUUGCGAAGAAACGAAUCGAAAAACGGGCCUGACGUUACCAUGCAACCCGCGUCUCCUGCUACGCUGGGUAUUUCGAUCGAACCGAUCCAAGCGGUGGAACAGCAACUGUCCACACUGCAGCAGAACAAUACGGCCUCCGCGACCUCCAUGUCACUUGUUAAACCAGGAGCCAAUCUCACUCAAGUGGGGCAAAUGGCGAACCGUAUCUUGGUAAACUUGUACAACUAUGUUACCUCUUUUACGGCGCAGGAACUGCCGAUGAAUGCUAUCCCGCUGGGUGCAUUAACCGAACAAGGCUAUUUACCAGUCAAGGCUUUCCAAACCUGGUACGAGAAUCUCGGAAGAAAACUCCAUAAUGAUCCCAAUUAUCUUUUGGAGGAAAAGGAUGCGUAGUGAAUUAGUUUCUUUCAAUAGUCUCCAAAACGAUGUAUAUAGAAUUGUAAAAAGAAGAAAAACCCCGUUUGGAGUGCUUUUUUUUUAAAAAAAAAAAAAAAAAUUUUGGUCAUUUUUAUAAAUUGCGCAGACAGACAAAGUGGGGAGAAA